CGCAACACCAGAUAGAAGGAAUUAAUUUCCGGACAAUUCUGUAGGCUACUAGGCUUCGGAUUUUGCUGUUCAGUUGGUCUUUUUUAUUUAAUUGCCUUUUAGUAAGUCUGACGAUACCCCUCAAAAUUAUCUCACUCGGUGUGUCACGACAUUAAACUCAACCCAGUCAUGGACUCGGACGAGGGUUACAAUUACGAAUUCGACGAGGAGGAAGAGGAAUGCAGCGAAGACAGCGGUGAAGAGGAACCCGCGGACGACACCCUGGAGCUCGGGGAGGUGGAGCUGGUCGAUCCCGUAGUGGCCGGUGGAGAUCGAGACGACUGUGGGGAGACGGGAGGCAGCGGUCUCGGGCCCGGACAGGAUGAGGAAGACUACCGCUUUGAAGUUCUUACCGCCGAGCAGAUCCUGCAGCAUAUGGUGGAGUGUAUUAGGGAGGUCAACGAGGUCAUCCAGAAUCCUGCCACAAUCACUAGAAUAUUACUUAGUCAUUUCAACUGGGAUAAAGAAAAACUGAUGGAAAGGUAUUUUGACGGCAACCUGGACAAGCUGUUUUCAGAGUGUCACGUUAUAAAUCCCAGCAAGAAGUCUCGGACACGCCUCAACACAAGAUCGUCCGCACAGGACAUGCCAUGUCAGAUCUGCUAUCUCAACUAUCCUAACUCGUACUUCACUGGUCUGGAAUGUGGGCACAAGUUCUGCAUGCAGUGCUGGGGUGAUUACUUGACCACAAAAAUCAUAGAGGAAGGAAUGGGACAGACCAUUUCCUGUCCUGCUCAUAGCUGUGAUAUACUAGUGGAUGACAACACGGUCAUGCGACUGAUUACAGAUUCAAAAGUGAAGUUGAAGUACCAGCAUUUAAUAACCAAUAGUUUUGUAGAGUGCAACCGACUGUUAAAAUGGUGUCCGGCACCUGACUGUCACCACGUUGUCAAAGUUCAGUAUCCAGAUGCCAAACCUGUACAGUGCAAGUGUGGUCGGCAGUUUUGCUUCAACUGUGGAGAAAAUUGGCACGAUCCAGUCAAGUGUAAAUGGCUAAGAAAAUGGAUUAAGAAAUGUGACGAUGACAGCGAGACAUCAAACUGGAUUGCAGCAAAUACAAAGGAAUGUCCGAAAUGCCACGUCACCAUAGAGAAAGACGGCGGGUGCAACCACAUGGUCUGCCGAAACCAAAACUGCAAAGCAGAGUUCUGCUGGGUUUGCCUGGGGCCCUGGGAGCCACAUGGGUCCGCUUGGUACAACUGUAAUCGUUAUAAUGAGGAUGAUGCCAAGGCAGCCCGGGAUGCUCAGGAGCAGCGUUCCAGGGCAGCCUUGCAGAGGUACCUGUUCUACUGCAACCGCUACAUGAACCACAUGCAGAGCCUGCGCUUCGAGCACAAGCUGUACGCCCAGGUCAAGCAGAAGAUGGAGGAGAUGCAGCAGCACAACAUGUCGUGGAUCGAGGUGCAGUUCCUGAAGAAGGCCGUGGACGUGCUUUGUCAGUGCCGAUCAACGCUCAUGUUCACCUACGUUUUUGCGUUCUACCUCAAGAAGAACAACCAGUCCAUUAUUUUUGAGAAUAACCAGGCGGAUUUGGAGAAUGCCACAGAGGUGCUGUCUGGAUACCUGGAGCGAGACAUCUCCCAGGAUUCUCUGCAGGACAUUAAACAGAAAGUACAAGAUAAAUACAGAUACUGUGAGAGCAGACGGAGAGUGCUGCUGCACCACGUACAUGAAGGCUAUGACAAAGACCUGUGGGAGUACAUCGAAGAUUGAGGCUACAUCUCUACACCACAGACUGUCGGAGAGAAACUCCGCUCCCUAGAGUGCUGAUGCAAUGAAAACCGAGCAGCACAGAUCUCUGCUGCCCCUCCCUGGCAAACCGCCCGGCAUUGCAUAAUUUUCCAGAGUUUUUGUUUCACCAAAAGCAUAAAGUAAAUUAUAUUUAAAUAAAAAAGUUAGAAUAUUAAAAAAAUAAAAUAUUACCUGUUCAACAGUAUUGUUAGCAGCGUCAAGCACGAGACUGAGAAAUCCAAGGCGAAAUAUCUUCCGUUUGCUUGCAUUGUAAAAUCUUUCCUUUCCUUAUCAGUUACGUUUGUUGAUGUGUUCUGUUUGACUUUAUUUUAUAUAACCUUUCUUUGUGUGGAAAA